CCAAAUAAGCUGCUCUCUCUCUCUCUCUCUCUUCUCCUCAUCUCUCAGUCUGGGAGCAGUGGAGCACAGCGUGAGCUCUGGAGCGCAUUCCCAACAUGUUCACCUGUAAGCCCUCUUCAUUCAUUCAUUCAGGGCUGCAGCAUUCAGAGGCAGCGACACUGUUGAGACGUUAUCGGCCGCUGUUUUAAAUCUGUCUUGAUGAAAGCGUCUGAGCUCGGAGGAGGAGGAGGAGGAGGAGGAGGAGAAGGCGACAUGCAGAGAAGUGGAUGCUGAGCUGCUCAAGUCUACAAUUAAGGGGCUGGCACUGAGGACGCGACCCUACCCGAGGAUUGGAUAGCACCCACCGGAUCUGCUAGUUGUCACCCCAACUCUGGUGCUCGUAUGUGCACCAAACACGCUUUCCUUCCCUGGGAAGAGAACUUGAUGGAUCCGUCUGUUCAUCACAGCUGACACAUCAGGGCCCAGCACUGUUAUCAGCACCUGAAUCAUUAACAGGAUUACACGCUGACCAAAGAGGAUCAUCACUCAUUUCUGAAUAAUAGAGUGAAGUGAACCACUGAGGCACACAGUCUCCUCUCCUCCUGUAGAGAGCCUACAGUACCAGUCUUUGAACUGACCAUGUCUGUUGGCUAUAAACAUAGGUAGUGACAUGACUCAGGUCUGACCCUGGAGAUGCCGAAGAGACGAGACAUCGUCGCCAUUGUGUUGAUCGUGUUGCCUUGGACACUGCUCAUCACUGUUUGGCACCAGAGCACCAUCACUCCUCUGCUUGCUACUCGCAAGGAUGACAGACGUGAUGGUCGCUCCAACUCCAGGAACACUUUUGCCUUCAAGGAGUCCUGCUCCCUCCAGAACCGGGACAUUGUGGAGGUGGUGCGCACUGAGUACGUCUACAGCCGGCCUCCUCCCUGGUCUGACAUCCUGCCCACCAUCCACAUCAUCACUCCCACCUACAGCCGGCCGGUGCAGAAGGCAGAGCUGACCCGUCUGGCCAACACCUUGCUGCACGUUCCCAACCUGCACUGGAUCCUGGUGGAGGACUCCCAGAGGAGGACCACCCUGGUCAGCCGCCUCCUGCAGGAGACAGGACUCAACUACACCCACCUCAACGUGGAGACGCCGAGGAACUAUAAGGUCCGCGGGGACACGAGGGAUCCCCGGAUACCUCGCGGUACGAUACAGAGGAACCUGGCCCUGCGCUGGCUCAGAGAGACCUUCAGCUCCAACAGCAGCCAGCCGGGGAUCGUCUACUUCGCAGAUGAUGACAACACAUACAGCCUGGAGCUCUUCGAGGAGAUGCGUUCCACCAAAAAGGUGUCGGUGUGGCCUGUCGCCUUUGUGGGCGGUCUACGAUACGAGUCCCCUAAAGUAAACACUCUGGGCAAGGUGUACGGCUGGAAAACAGUUUUUGACCCCCACCGGCCCUUUGCCAUCGACAUGGCUGGGUUUGCAGUGAACCUGCGCCUCAUUCUGUCUAAACCUCAGGCUUACUUCAAGUUGCGUGGGGUGAAAGGAGGCUAUCAGGAGAGCAGCUUGUUAAAGGAGCUGGUCACUCUCAGCGAUCUGGAGCCUAAAGCUGCUAACUGCACUAAGGUAUUAGUAUGGCACACACGGACAGAGAAGCCUGUGCUGGUAAAUGAGGGCAAGAAGGGAUUUACAGACUCUAAUGUGGAGAUAUGACAUACUUCAUCUGACACAGGGACAUUUCUCCACUGGAUUCUACUUGGAUUCAAACCAACCUCAGCGCUCCUUAAAGCAAUAGCCAGGGUCAAAAACACUACCACAGCACAGUACAGUACAUUAAGCUGUACUUCACCACUGCUUAGAAAAGGAGCACACAUCUGUCCACUCCAGGAGGCAGCACAAGCCAUGUGCUUGAACAAAACCGCAGAGUAUCAAAAGCACAACUGCACAAAAAACGAGCUGCUCAGAGCACUGGCUGAUGUGAGACACUGGAAGAAGUUGCCAAAAGGGAGCUUUGCCCACCGAGGUCUCCUCGGAGAGCCGAGACAAAGGAUGUUACGUGAUUUAAACUGCAGGAAGAGAUGGCACGGCGAGCAAUAAAGAGCCCUCUGAGCGCAGACAACACCAGCCAGCCAUCCAAUCAGCAUUAAAUAGGGCCCUUUUGUUCUGAGGCGAGCUGGCUGUCGGGCACAGGGCUGCACAGAGGAAUAAAAGGGGCCCUUGUCUUUAGUGAGUCAGCACUGACUGACAGACUGCACUGAGGGGAUCUGAGCCCUCCCCACUUGUACUGUACAACACUGAGCUAUUUAGAUAGCAGCCUGAACCCAGCACUAAUUAGGAGUCCUGUUACUCCUCAACACACAUUCACACAUGCUCAGCUGUCACACUGCACAUGACGAGCACCAGGUCAAAGGAAAACACGGAGCAAGGAUUUAUUACAGUAUAACAGCAAUGUCCUCUCUUACAGUCAUUUACUCCACGCUUUUGUUUUUUUUAUUCCUGAUAUGCUGUAACACUACUGAGGUCGUCUCAGAUCCAGUUUCCCUCGGGUCCUGUCCACUUCACAGACAUCUUCAUAAGCUAAUUAAGAACCCGGUGGGCGAAAUGAAGGUUUCUCAGCAGAAUUAUUUAUUGUUCCGGAGUAACUCGUACCAUUUUACUUGUUAGUUGUGAGCUAUGCGUGUGUGUGAGUCAAUGGGAUAUGAAGUCAUUACUCUAAAAAUUGGAUGUGCAUCCUUUCAAAUAGCUGUAUUACACAAUCUAAUUAUUCCCACCAUGGAUGGCUGGCUUGCAAGUGAUGAUUUCAUAGCUCAUUGACUUGCUGUGGCACUGCUUACAAAUGCUAAUGUUCUCAGACUCUGUGAUUGUUAGAAGUUUGGUUAGUUAUCUAUGUGUCGGGCAUCUGAAACCUUGAACUUUCACUGAAAGAUAAGGGUCUGAUGUUGCUACAAUGCUGCUUUUGUGUGUUUUUUAUUUGAAAGAGCCUCAGCUCUUAUCGUCUCAUAAGCCUGGUUUUUCUUUUACAGGCUAACGUGUCCAUUUUAAUAACUGCAUUCUGCAGAAUAUUCACACACUCAAUACAAAUCUAACAACAAUAUCAAACAUAACUGCCAACCCCGAACAGAAACGAUUCCCCUUUAAGUUAAAAAAAAAAAAAAUCCAUUUGUAAGAGAAUAUACUUGGUAAAUCUGCUCUAUGUGUAAAGAGUCACUGUAACUAAAGGUACUGUAUGUAUAUAGCUAUAAAAUGCUAUAAAAUGCUCUCAAACAAA